AUGUCGUUCUAUCCUCAAGAUCAGGGCAUGCGUCCCGCAGGUGAUGCCAUGCAUAUUCAGGGCCCAGCCGACAUGGCCAGGAUGCAAGACGUGCCCGCGAUGACCAUGAGCACGCAGGACAAUGUGAUGGAAACUAGUCCUGGAAAGCGACUUGGGGCCCUACUCCAACAAUUCUCGCGUAGUCCGGCACAGUUUCAGCGCUACUUCUGGCGGCAUCAAAUGGACCUCGUUGAGAAUGGCUUUGACUCGGAUGGCAAAGCGAUUGACUUUUUCAACUUGGGAUCCACACCGAGUGGAAAUGGCAGCGCUUUGCCGCUUGCCCGCAUUAAAAAGGUUAUGAAGAAUGACGACGAGGUCAAGAUGAUUUCGGCUGAGGCACCUAUUCUCUUCUCACGCGCUUGUGAGAUUUUCAUUGCAGACUUGACGUGCCGUGCUUUCAUGGUCGCGGAAGAAAAUAAGCGACGCACAAUUCAGCGCUCAGAUAUCGCUAGCGCGAUUUCGCGCUCUGAACUCUUUGAUUUUUUGAUCGACAUCGUGCCACGCACAGAAGGCCUGCGUCACCGCAGCGCCAGCGUGCCCAUCCGCAAUGCUAUGCCUUCGGCAGCGCUGUCGUCCCCGUUUUCUGGUGCGGACAUCGCUCCGCGGCUUGGCAUGAAUGAUUCAGCGGGUGCCCAUCAAGCAGCGCCCUUCUUGUCGCUGCGUCCUACUCAGCAAGAUGUGCGCACGCGCCUAGAUCCCAUGGACCCUUCGCUGGGCAUGAAUCCAGCGGGUCAGCCACUAAAAGGCCUGCCGAAAGCACCAUUACCGAGUGACUGGUAUUCCUUCCCUACCAAUCCUAUGGGUGAUGCGCGUAUUCACCCGGGCACGGCAGCAGGUCUUGGUAUGUCUUCGACCAAUACGGCACCACCCUCCAUGCGCUCCGUGAUGGGUCGUAGCACUGUGGAUGCGCCCACCUUCAUGGACGCGAACUCGUCCCUGUCCAUGCCACCCCCUCCAACACGUGGUUCGUUAUUGAACAUGAUGCCAUACCCUAUGGAUGAGGCGGCGUCAAAAGGCACUACGAAUCCAAACGAGUAA